GAUUUAAAAUUCCAUGGCAUUAAUUCCUCCAAUUCUCAGUGUUACUACUAGAUUUUCCCUUUUUGUCUUGGUAUGUCAUGUUAUUAAUAACUCUAUUACUAGAUUCAGAAGUCUAGGAUUUUCUCAAAUUAUUGCUAUAGGUGUCUUUUUUUGUUGAGUGUGAGAUUCUUUGGAAUAUAACUUGACAAUGGCCUAAGUAUUUAAACACUAUCAAACCCAGCUGAAGGGGGUCUUUAAUCUUUAGUGUGAGAUUUUAGAUUUGUCUGUCCUCUGUUGUUCUUUUCUCAUGGGGUCUAAGUGCAUAUUGUAAGGAUUGUAUGCCAAAGCUGACACCAUGUUUGGAUGGGCUUCUCUUUUCUCAUAAUCAAUUCUGAAACUCAAAGCUACUCCCAUAGACUUCACCCCAAAGUUGAUUUUGUCUUUAGAAUUAAUUGUAUAAGAAUUUCCAAACAUGCACUGAAUUAAGCCAUGUUUCUGAGUUAUGACUGUUUGAAGGACUGUGAACAAUCAAUAUAAGCCUGCUUUGUCCCUUAAGAAGGUGAUUUGGCCCAUCGCCAAAAUGGCUUCAAGGUCAUAUUCCAACUUGUUAGAUCUCACUUCAUGUGGCUCCCCAUCAUCUUUUAGUAGAGAGAGGAAAAGGCUUCCUAGAGUGGCAACUGUUGCUGGAGUACUAUCUGAACUUGAUGAUGAGGCCAGCAACAGUGUUGGCUCUGAUGCUCCUUCCUCCAUCUCUCAAGAGAGGAUGAUCAUUGUUGGUAACCAGCUUCCCAUAAAGGCACACAGGAAAGGCAAUGGUGAGUGGGAAUUCUCAUGGGAUGAAGACUCACUUCUCUUGCAGCUGAAAGAUGGUCUUGGAGAUGAUGUGGAAACUAUCUACAUUGGUUGUCUCAAAGAAGAAAUUGAGCCAAGUGAGCAAGAUGAUGUUGCUCAGUACUUGCUUGACACUUUCAAGUGUGUCCCCACUUUCCUCCCUCCUGAGCUUUUCACUAAAUUCUACCAUGGAUUCUGCAAACAACACCUAUGGCCUUUGUUUCACUACAUGCUUCCCCUGUCACCUGAUCUUGGUGGUAGAUUUGAUAGGUCCCUUUGGCAAGCUUAUGUUUCUGUGAACAAGAUAUUUGCAGAUAAAGUGAUGGAAGUGAUUACCCCUGAUGAGGACUAUGUUUGGGUCCAUGACUACCACUUGAUGGUUCUUCCAACUUUUUUGAGGAAAAGAUUUAACAGGGUGAGGCUAGGAUUCUUCCUCCACAGUCCAUUUCCUUCCUCUGAGAUAUACCGAACCCUUCCUGUUAGGGAUGAACUUCUUAGAGCUCUUCUAAAUUCAGACCUUAUAGGGUUUCAUACUUUUGAUUAUGCAAGACAUUUCCUCUCCUGCUGCAGUAGAAUGCUUGGGAUUUCUUAUCAAUCGAAGCGCGGCUACAUUGGUCUUGAGUACUAUGGAAGAACUGUGAGCAUUAAGAUUCUUCCGGUUGGGAUUCACAUAGGUCAGCUUCAAUCUGUCAUGAACCAUCCUGAGACAGAAAGCAAGGUUGCUGAGUUACAAAACCAGUUCAAAGGUCAAACUGUGAUGCUUGGGGUGGAUGACAUGGAUAUCUUCAAAGGAAUCAGCUUGAAACUGUUGGCGAUGGAACAGUUGCUUUUACAACAUGCUGAUAAGAGGGGCAAUCUUGUUCUGGUCCAAAUAGCAAACCCGGCUCGAGGCCGGGGAAAGGAUGUCCAAGAAGUGCAGUGCGAAACUUAUGCUACUGUGAAAAGGAUAAAUGAUACAUUUGGAAGGUCUGGAUAUACACCAGUGAUCUUGAUUGAUACACCACUUCAAAGCUAUGAGAGAAUCGCUUAUUAUGUGAUUGCAGAAUGUUGUCUUGUUACAGCAGUGAGAGAUGGGAUGAACCUUAUACCUUAUGAGUAUGUCAUUUGUAGACAAGGAAAUGAGAAGAUAGAUGAGAUUUUAGGGAUAAACCCACUUACUCAAAAGAAAAGCAUGCUGGUAGUGUCUGAGUUCAUUGGUUGCUCUCCAUCAUUAAGUGGAGCAAUUAGAGUGAAUCCAUGGAAUAUUGAUGCUGUUGCUGACGCUAUGGAUUCUGCUCUAAGGGUCCAUGAGUCUGAAAAAAAGAUGCGGCAUGAGAAGCAUUAUAGGUAUGUUAGCACACAUGAUGUUGCAUAUUGGGCGCGUAGCUUCUUGCAGGAUUUAGGAAGGGCUUGUAGAGAUCAUCAGAGGAGGAGAUGCUGGGGAAUUGGUUUUGGUUUAGGCUUUCGAGUAAUCGCUUUGGAUCCCAACUUUAGAAAGCUAUCUGUGGAACAUAUUGUUUCAGCUUAUAAGAGGACCAAGCACAGAGCAAUUCUUUUGGAUUAUGAUGGUACUAUGGUGCAGCCUGGAUCAAUCAGCACAACGCCUAAUGCUGAAGCUGUUGGCAUCUUGAACAGCUUGUGCAAGGACACUAAGAAUUGUGUUUUCAUCGUAAGUGGUAAGGAGAGAAAGACUAUUAAUGAAUGGUUUUCUUCUUGUGAAAGGCUAGGAAUUGCUGCAGAACAUGGUUAUUUUGUGAGGGCAAAUCAUAAUGCACAAUGGGAAGCAUGUGUUUCUGUGCCUGAUUUUGACUGGAAGCAGAUUGCUGAACCAGUUAUGCAAUUAUACAUGGAAACAACUGAUGGUUCUAACAUAGAGGCCAAAGAGAGUGCUCUUGUUUGGAAUUAUGAGUUUGCAGACCGAGAUUUCGGUUCAUGCCAGGCUAAGGAGCUUCUUGAUCAUCUUGAAAGUGUUCUUGCCAAUGAGCCUGUUUCUGUUAAAAGUGGUCCUAACUAUGUGGAAGUUAAACCUCAGGGUGUGAGUAAAGGGAUUGUAGCAGAACGUCUUCUCUUAACAAUGCAACAAAAGGGAGUGAUUCCAGAUUUUGUGUUGUGCAUUGGGGAUGAUAAAUCAGAUGAGGACAUGUUUGGGGUAAUAAUGAAUGCAAGGGCAUCACUGUCCCCAGUUGCUGAUGUGUUUCCUUGCACUGUUGGUCAGAAACCUAGCAAGGCCAAGUAUUACUUGGAAGACACAAGUGAGAUUUUCAGAAUGUUGCAUGGCCUUGCCAAUGCUUCUGAGCAAGCUGCUAGAAAUUCUUCUCAGUCUUCUCAUUAAGCUUUUCUAAUUUGUAGCACACAUAAUAGUUGCAGCUACAUGGUAUUUGUCUGUAGUGGGGUUAUCCAGUAUUAGAUUGCUUGAUCUAUUUAUAGCAUGUUUGGAUUAGUUUCGAUUUCAUCAUAAUCAAUUAUGGCACUCAGAGGCUACUCAAUAAGUUCCUCUCCAUAAUUGGUUCUGGCUUUAAAAUCAGUUGUAGUAGAAUUUCCAAACAUGUACUUAAUUUUCUGGUUGACAUGCCUAUAUUUAUUAAGAUGUCUUGCUGGGUCAUCCAACAUACAACCUGAUA